GUCUAGUGACAAAUUGCGUCACCAUGUCACAUGACGUCGUCGUUAAGAAUCACGCGUUCAUCACAGUCACAGCGCAAUCUUUUGCCAUGUAGAAGGUUUAAACAAAGUUUUAAAGAAUUCCAGCCGAGAGUAAACCCCUUGAUGUUUAUGUGUGUACCAUGGAGCAUCUAGUGAUUAAGAUCGUGGUCAUAUUUUGUUUGUUAUGUCUCACUCUUCUCGCAGCACUGCUUCCAUUCAAGAUCGGUCACGCAGGACAUGGAGGACGAAGACAACUUAUCUUGUCGUAUUGCAACUGCUUUGCAGGCGGAGUUUUCCUUGCUACAAGUUUGCUAGAUCUACUGCCAAUGAUAGAGGAGAAGUUUAAGGCAGUUUUUAACGAGUCUGGUAUUGUGACAGUAUUCCCAGUUGCUGAAUUYACAACUUGUAUGGGUUUUUUUAUGGUUUUGCUACUCGAACAAAUUGUUCAUACUUUUCAUGAGCGGUCUUUUUUACAUAGCCACAAUCAUGAGGUCAAAGCACCCCUUUUAGAAGAACAGAAUGAACAAAGAAACCGCUACAUGCACAGCGAAAGUAACGAUGCUUUUUCUACGCGACAAACAUCAUGCGAUUCACAAAAAGAGAUUUUGCUCAAGAAAGAGCAACAGACUGAAGGUUCCAUUCGUACGUAUAUUCUUGUUCUCGCUCUAUCGAUGCAUUCCAUAUUUGAAGGGCUGGCAUUAGGGCUGAUAGUGGAAGUAGAUCGUCUCAUUCAGAUUACUAUAGCAGUUAUUAUUCACAAAUCUAUAAUUGCAUUUGCAAUGGGAGUCAGCAUGGUACAACAUAAAAUGGCAUUUGGUACAGUCCUCAAGGCUGCUAUUAUAUUCUCUAUGAUGGCACCGAUCGGAAUCGGUGUUGGAAUUGGUGUACUGGAUUCGUCGUCUCUCAAAUCAAGUAAUCUGGCAUCUGGUAUUCUUCAAGGUAUUGCGAAUGGAACGUUUAUAUUUGUAACUUUUUUUGAAAUCUUACAAAGUGAACUGGCUCGCAAAGGCAAUCGUCUUCUGAAGGUCUUUUUUAUGAUUAUUGGGUACUCUGUUGUUACUGGGUUACUCUACUAUGCAAAUAUUAUGGAGAGUAAAUCACACCCUGUCAGUGCAAAGAAUUCCACAUCUCCUAGCAUCAAUAUACCUGAAGGGGUUGUUUAGUUACAAAAACUUCUUCUUUAAGAAUAAAAAGUUUAAAGUUUAUACAAUAUUUUUGGUUAAGUAUUAAUAGUUAUGAAAAGUUAUGAAACACUUAUAUCAUGAUUAUGAAUUAUUUUGCUUAAGAUUAUAGUAAAUUAUGAUACAAAGACAACUAGACGCUAAAAUAUAUAAAAUAUGAAAAACCAACUAUGAAAAUAAAACUAAGAGAAUUAAACUAUGGACUUAAGAAAUCUGAUACACUUAAAAUGACGCGCAAAACAUUAACAAAUCAUAGCUACAAAUUAAAUGUUUUUAGUAGCUAAAAUAAACCAAUGUAAGGGCCCAUCACUAGCAAGCAUCAGUGGUUGUUCUUUUGAUUUUACAAAUACAGAAAAUUUCUGUUCACAAUCUAUGUCUGUGGACUGCCAGCUCAUUGUGGCCCUUUAAGUUGAUUAUAUGAAAUAGAUGCAUAGUUGUGUCAAAAUACAUUUACGAUACAGACACAAUUGUAUUGAGUGGCAUUUUGUCGUAGCAGUCUUCUGAAUUGAUUCAGCUGGCAUCUCUUACCUUUUAUAGAAAUUGUUUUGGGUACUUCCAGCAAGUACAUGAUGGAUAUUUAUGAUUUUGAAUUCUGACUGAAAAGACUUCAUGUUACUGAUAAAGGACACAUUGAGAGCAAAUGCUAAAUUUCAAUUCGAAGUAAUAUCUUAAAAUAUGAGCAGGAGAGCUUGGCAUUAGAAUUGCAAGCUACAAGCACAUUUAUCAAAUUCUAAAAUAAGCUAAAGAAUAAUUAGCCAAAAACUUCAAGGUAAAAUAUCAUUUUUAAAGAAAAUAGAAGUUAAAGCUGUAUGCAAAUCAUAAAAAAUUUCUUGCUGCUUAAGGCAAUGAUUUUCCAUUGAGUUAACCUUAUGAACUAUUAAUAAAUUUGAGAAGUUUUUUUUUUUCAAAAAUCAAAACAAAUGUAAAAAGGAAAGCAAUCUAAUUUAUGUAAAAAUACAGAAGAAUCAAGCAUUACAACACAUCACAUGAUAUAUUUUGACAUUUGUUGGUGUUUAAAUUGAACACAUCAGGGACCGCGGAGCAGGAUCUUGUUUGGGGGGGCUAGCGGCGAGGAGGUACUAGGGGGGUCAGAAAUUUCUGA